UGAGUUUUGCGGGAACGUGGUAAAAUGGACGGAGUCGACGGCCCACCGGUCGUGGAACUAGGAAAUGUGUCAAAAACCACGAGACUGAUCGGCACGUGGUUAAGCACAAACAGACUCAGCAUCCACCAAAAUGAAACCAAGAAGCUCCCUAAUAAGAUGCCUGACUCGACGGUCACUAUACUCCGGCCAGAAGUAAUAUUAUUCUCCCCUCACCUGCGAAAACUGGUAAACGAGAGCAAUGGUGUCUUUCUCUCGGUACGAAAAAUCGACUCCACCAAUACAGGAGACGUGAGAUCAGAAUUGUUGAAGCACAGUAAAAGAUACAGGUCGAUUUUACGAGCGUGCAUCGAGAGUUUGCAAGACUCCCGUGACAGCUGCUUACCAGAAACAAGGGAAAGUGUCGAGAAUUUUUUAACGAUUUUCUAUCAAGUUGAAUGGGUCUGGCAUUUGACGGAGAUCCUCUACGUGGACACACUGCCAGGGGACGUAGUCCUACCGCAACUACUCGAAUGGAUUAGCUUUCAUUUCCCGUCGAAGGAAAUGGCAGCGGCGAAGAUUUUGUCGCGGAAAACGAUCGGAGCUGAGUUGGAGCAUCAGAAUUAUUGGGAAGCUGCGAUCGGAUGCGCGAUGCACGGAAAACUGGAUUUGCUCCGAGGUUUACUAGCUCUACACUCGAAGGCGGAUCAUCCAGCUUUCGUUGCUGCCGAUGGGAUUCUGAAAUUGAUGCCGGUUUAUAAUGUUUAUGGAGGGUACUCGGUUAACGAGUUUGUUGUUAGAUGGAAACAUUGGCAGAUGGACUUGAUGUCUAAUUUAAAUGGGAAGCUGUUCGCUGUGGAUGGAGAGCUGGAGAUUGUGAUAAAGCUGAUCUCAGGGCAUCAAGAGACUCUCUGUCAACUGGCAGAUCACACGGAUGCUUGGUACGAGCUGUUGGCAGCUAAACUUCUAUACAAUUCACCUUGCUGCAAGCAGCCGGAGCUCUGCCGUCACGUGGACAGCUUCUCGAACAUUUGGUACAAAGACAGAUCGCCCUCGGACAAGGCGAUCCUCGCUCUGAUGGAAACCAAUUUGUCAGUCGCGAUCAAGGAGAUACAAUCGAUGGGCGAUAACGGAUGGUUCGCCGCUCACCUCGUCGACCUGCUCUAUACCUGCGGCAGGCUAAGCAUUCUAGAUAAGGACCAGCUUGAAGUGAGUAGCCAGCUGCACGAGUCUCUGAUACUGGAGUACGGUAGCACGUUGACCAGCCACCACUCGUUAUGGCAGUGUGGGAUUAGUUACUUGACGCACUGCCCGACCCAGGGGCUUGCUAGGCUAGAAAUACUAUUGCAGUCGCUGCCGAUGGGCUGCGAGGCAAGAGUAAACAAGAUCCUCGACGUCGCGAGGGACAAUAAACUGGACCACAUCGUUACGAGUAUCUGCAAAAUACAGAGCACGAAUUCGAUGAAACGCGGCAGGCUGGGGAACGCUUUGGCGUGGGCGUUAAAAGCGAAGGACGGCGGCUUCGUGACGUAUAUCGCUGAUCAAUUUCUGAAACAUUAUGCAGAGCAUGGGAAACUCGAGUGCAAAGAUCUAUUGGAGAAUCUAGGAUUUUGUAUGAUGGCUAGCGAUAGGCUUACGUUCCUUGGGAAGUACUGCGAGUUUCAUCAAAUGUAUGGUAUCGGGGAGUUCAAAGAGGCAGCCAGUCUGCUCGUUUCUCUCCUAGUUUCAAAUCUGACGCCAAAAUACUUCUGGUCGAUCUUACUGCUCGACGCUAUUCCAUUGCUCGAAGCGAAAGAAGUGAUCUUCUCCUCCGGCGACUGUUUCGAGCUCCUACGCUGCGUUGAGGCUCACGGGGACUCACCGAAGUUAAAAGAAGAGCUCGAUACCUUCCGGUUCGCCGUAGCUAGAAACCUAGCCCGGGCCCUCAGCCUCGAGGGCUGCCAAAUCGAACAUUAAUCGUUAUGUAAAUAAAUCUUUUUUUUCUUCCCUACCCGGAAUCUCAACCAAGCCAACUUUCUAUUCGCAUAUGUACAGUAUGUAUAUCGAUGGUGCAACUUUGGGACCGCGAUUAUAUAUUAAGAAGUAAUUCGUAAAUGUGGAAUACAUUUUUAUAAACGAGAAAAGAUUUAGUCGAUAUUUUCGAUCCUAGAGGAACCGUGCGAUGAUACAUAUUGUUUUCCGACGUAACAAUCACGGUCCCUCCGCGGUUGCGCCGUCAAUACUGGGACAUGUAUAUCGAAUAAGUGCAUUCGAUACUUUCUUAAAAGAAUCAGUUGAACAAUACUUGACACUCAGGCCGAGGCCUCGAGACAUAAAAUCCAGUAGAUAUCCGAUUACAAACCCGAUUAAACGUCUAAUCGUGGGAACGAAUAAAAGAGAGACAGUUCGGUUUUCAUUUUCAUCCGAUUGCAAUUGGUUGAUUAAAUACGUGUAAGGGAUGAAAGCCGAAAUGCAGAAAAGAGAAGAUAAAUAAAUAAAAAGAAGAAA